AUGAACCAGCAGUGGAAAGUUGGCAAGUAUAUGGGAAAUUCGGCGCAUGUUGCUACACACGAAUCUCAAAUACACAUCUUCACCAACCCAAAAGCUAAAGCAAACAGAAAAACCAAGAGAUGGUAUAAAGAUGUUGGUUUAGGUUUCAAAACCCCUAAAACCGCUAUUGAAGGUUCAUACAUUGACAAGAAAUGUCCAUUUGUAGGAACUGUUUCAAUCAGAGGUAAGAUUUUAACCGGAACAGUUGUCUCCACCAAAAUGCACAGAACAAUCAUUAUUAGAAGAGACUAUUUGCAUUACGUGCCAAAAUAUAAUAGAUAUGAAAAAAGACACAAGAAUGUUGCUGCUCACCUUUCACCAGCUUUCAGAGUUUCAGAAGGAGAUGUUGUUACCGUGGGUCAAUGUAGACCAAUUUCCAAAACCGUUAGAUUCAAUGUUUUGAAAGUUGCUGCUUCUGGUUCAAAAUCGAAAGCUUUUGCCAAAUUUUAA